GUCAAGUCUUCCAUGCUUCCUUUGCAAAAAAAAAAAAGUCUUCCAUGCUUCCACCACAUGCAUAUUUCUUCCUACAAUCCAGAGGAUAUUUGUAUGCCCUUCUAGUCUCUCCUACCACCAGUCCACAGUCCACACACAGCCCCUCUCCUCCGCCAAGCAACCACCGUCUCCUUCCCCACCCGGCGGCCUCCAAAGCCAAUAAACCCUGAAAGUUCAAACCCGUAUUAAUUCUAUUCCUGAAAUUGCUCAAUUUCCGAUAUGGGCAACUGCUGUGUAAGCUCCGGCGUCAAACUGCCUCCACAUUCUCAUUCGGCGGCGAACUCCAACCGGGGAGCCUCUGCUCUCAGCCACCCGUUGCCGGAGGAGGAAACCGUUAAGGAGGUUCUCUCUGAAACUCAAAACCUCUCCAAGCCCACAUUCCCCAUCGACUACGGGCCCUGUAAACAUCCACUACUCACCCAAGAUCAGGAGAAGCGCCUAGACGACGCCGUUCCCAAGAAGCCCGCCGCCGCCGCACCGGAUUUGAAGUCCGAGGAUCUAUCCGGGGAUUUCUCCGCCUCUGAGAUCUGCAGCACUAUCAGCGAGAGCGUUCCCAUCAUCACGGUGACGGAAAAAAUGGGUCUUGGAGAUGAAGUCCGGCAGAGGUCCCCGGCGAAAGUACGGAACCGGCCGUUUCUUGAAGAGGCGAAAAGAUCGAGGUCGGCCGGUAGGUCGCCGUCGAGGAUAUCCCAGCCGUCUCCGGCGAAAUUCAGGGCAGGUGGAGGGCGGGAUUCUCCCGGCCGUUCCCCGGCAAGCGUGAAAAGGAGAAACAACUAUGAAAGGAUUGGACGGAGGUCGGUUUCUCCUGCGACGAGGACGGAAGACGGUGGUCCGGGAUGGACCCCAUCAAUGAGGAAAUCUGGGAAGUCACCGGGUCGGGUCAGAUCAGAUAUCAGUGACAAGACCCGAAUGUUGGGGACAAGUGUGUACCUAAUUAUUACGUACUCAUAUGUACUGAUGUAUACAAAACCAUUUCUAUUUAUUCAUACCUAUGAUAUCACUCUCU